AUGUCUGAAUCAUUCACCCCGGCCGAUGUUGCCGCUCACAACAACGCCGACAAGGGCUUGUACAUCAUUGUCGAUAACAGUGUGUACGACGUAACCAAAUUUGUCGACGAACACCCUGGAGGCGCAAAGAUCUUGAAGCGUGUCGCUGGAAAGGAUGCAUCCAAGCAAUUUUGGAAGGUAAACAUACUCAUCUGGAACAUCUUCAUGUUCUACGCGCCAUCAAACCAAUACAGUGAGGGCGAGUCAAGGCUAAUUCCAUUCUCCUUCAUAGUACCACAACGAGUCCGUAUUGAAGAAGUACUCGCCCAAGCUGAAGAUUGGAGAAGUCAAGGAGGCCGCCAAGUUGUAAUUCGAAUCUACUUCGCCACUACCACCGUGAACAAACAUUACGCCUUGAAAGGAAAUCUCCGUCUUUUCCUUCUGUAUCCGUGUGAUCGGGACAUCUCCGAAGAUCAGCCAACAACGCGGAGAACGCCGAUCGUUGGGGCCCUUCCUCCCGCGCUCUACAUACAUUGA